AUGCAGCAGGAGGGGGAGAAGAGCCGGGCCCGGCCCAGGAAGCCUGACAUGGCCCUCUACGUGCCCAAAGCACGACGGGAGAUGGCAGCCCAAGGAGUGGGCGCGGCCAGCGCUGCGUGGGCGAUGGGGAGCCGGAGGGAGGAGGAAAACCGCCGCGUGCUGCAGAAGGAGGGUGCCAAAGGCCGCUGCGAGAGGCAGAGCCCCAGCGCUGGAGCCCGCGAGCACAUGGCCAGAGAGGGGAGGAGGUCAGAGGGGAAAACAAGGAAGCGCAACAGCAAACGGGGCAGCGCUCCAGGGCAGCCCGAAGGAGCCUCUGCCCAGGGCUGGGAUCAGCGCGUCACACUCCACCAAAACCAUCUGGCCCCAGAGGAGCAGGCGUGUGGGCGGCUGGAAACAAACCUCCACAGUGAUCAGCCCAGCCCUCAGGAGCCCCGCCUGGGUCAGGCUCCUGCUCGGCCAGGGGGUAGUGAGGAGCAGGUGCCCAGCAAGCCGGGGCUCAGGGAGCUAAGCCCCAGGUGCUGGGAUUCAAGGACAGGUACUGGAACUUGUUCCCAUCUGUCAGAGAAAACAUCUAGUCCCCUGCUCGUGCCACCAUGGGGAGGGGAAGAGCACGCACAGGAGCAGAGGCAUGGGGGCCCACUGGCCCGGCUAGGCACGUCCUCUCAACCUAGGAAUGAGAGCAGUGAUGAAACAUCAGAGCAGGCAGGGGGGAGCACAGGUAGCGUAUCCGAAUGUGCAGGCAAGAGCAUUCCAGCUCUGAGCGGGGAGAGCGCAGGAAGCGCCGCGUGCGAGCUCAGAGGGGAGGGGGCCACAGAUCCGAGCGGGGAAAGCACAGGAACCGCGUGCGAGCUCAGAGGGGAGGGUGCCACAGAUCCGAGCGGGGAAAGCACAGGAACCGCGUGUGAGCUCAGAGGGGAGGGUGCCGCAGAUCCGAGCGGGGAGAGCGCAGGAAGCGCGUGCGAGCUCAGAGGGGAGGGGGCCACAGAUCUGAGCGGGGAGAGCGCAGGAAGCGCGUGCGAGCUCAGAGGGGAGGGUGCCACAGAUCCGAGCGGGGAGAGCGCAGGAAGCGCGUGCGAGCUUAGAGGGGAGGGUGCUGCAGAUCCAAGCCGGGAGAGCGCAGGAACCGUGUGUGAGCUCAGAGGGGAGGGUGCCACAGAUCCGAGCGGGGAGAGCGCAGGAAGCGCGUGCGAGCUCAGAGGGGAGGGUGCUGCAGAUCCGAGCCGGGAGAGCGCAGGAAGCGCGUGCGAGCUCAGAGGGGAGGGUGCCGCAGAUCCGAGCCGGGAGAGUGCAGGAACCGUGUGUGAGCUCAGAGGGGAGUGUGCCGCAGAUCCGAGGGAGGGUGCCGCAGAUCCGAGCCGGGAGAGCGCAGGAACCGUGUGUGAGCUCAGAGGGGAGGGUGCCGCAGAUCUGAGCGGGGAGAGCGCAGGAAGUGCGUGCGAGCUCAGAGGGGAGGGUGCCACAGAUCCGAGCGGGGAGAGCGCAGGAAGCGCGUGCGAGCUCAGAGGGGAGGGUGCCGCAGAUCCGAGCCGGGAGAGCGCAGGAACUGCGUGCGAGCUCAGAGGGGAGUGUGCCGCAGAUCCGAGCGGGGAGAGCGCAGGAACUGCGUGUGAGCUCAGAGGGGAGGGUACCACAGAUCCGAGCGGAGAGAGAGCAGGAAGCGAGUGCGAGCUCAGAGGGGAGGGUGCCACAGAUCCGAGCGGGGAGAGCGCAGGAAGCGCGUGCGAGCUCAGAGGGGAGGGUGCCGCAGAUCCGAGCCGGGAGAGCGCAGGAACUGCGUGCGAGCUCAGAGGGGAGUGUGCCGCAGAUCCGAGCGGGGAGAGCGCAGGAACUGCGUGCAAGCUCAGAGGGGAGGGUGCCGCAGAUCCGAGCGGGGAGAGCACAGGAAGCGCGUGCGAGCUUACAGGGGAGGGUGCCGCAGAUCCGAGCGGGGAGAGCACAGGAGGCGCGUGCGAGCUCAGAGGGGAGGGUGCCACAGAUCCGAGCGGGGAGAGCACAGGAAGCGCGUGCCAGCUCAGAGGGGAGGGUGCCGCAGAUCCGAGCGGGGAGAGCGCAGGAAGCGCGUGCGAGCUUACAGGGGAGGGCGUCGCAGAUCCGCCGUGCAGGAGGGCAGGCAGCGUGUCUGACAGCGAGAGGGGGAGCGCUGCUGCUGCUCUAGAGGGAGGCCUGCCUGAGCAUGCCGGGGCGAGAGCGCGCAGCACAUCCAAUAGGACAGACUCUGGCACCAGGGCCCCGCCGGAGCGUGUGGACGAGGCCAGAGGCAGCGCAGCGCUGUGUGGGGCGGAGAGGCCCUGCAGCUCGGGCAGCUGUGCUGCAGAGGGUGCCCCCGGUGCACUGGGAGCUCAUGGGAGCAGUGAGUGCAGCCGGUCUCUGGAGAUCCCAGGCAGCCGCUCGGCCGGGAGCUUGGCUGAGGAGGUGGACUGUGCAGGCGGGGUGGCGAGGCCAUGGCAUGGCUUGCGAGCGGAUGGGGAGGAGGACGGUGGUGUGACCGAAGGCGGCACGUCCUGCUGGGACAGCAGCACAGAAGCACCUGAGCAGCCAAGUGACGGAGCCCAGAGGGACAGCAGUGCUGCGGCAGAGGAGAGCUGGGACUCACUCUUCAACGCUGAUGGAGACUGCCUGGACCAACGCCUGCUGCAAGAGCUGUCGGGCGGUGAGAAGCCCAGAAGCAGCCUGCAGGAGCCCCGCUUUGACUACUGCGGCUGGCAGCCCGCUGAGCUGGACCUCAGCAACUCGGAGCUGCCCCAUGUCAUCGAGAUCUACGACUUCCCGCAGGACUUCGGCACCGCCGACCUGCUGCGCGUCUUCUGCAGCUACCAGAAGAAAGGCUUUGACAUCAAAUGGGUGGACGACACGCACGCACUGGGCAUCUUCUCCAGCCCCAUCGCAGCACGCGACGCCCUGAGCAGCAGGCACGUGAUGGUGAAGACUCGGCCCCUGGCGCAGGGCACGAGAGCAGCCAAGGCCAAAGCCAGGGCUUGUGCUGACCUCCUGCAGCCGGCGAAAGAGCGUCCGGAGACAUCUGCGGCCCUGGCCCGGAGGCUGGUGAUCGGAGCCCUCGGAGUGCGGAGCAACCAGAGCCGAGCCGAGCGCGAGGCCGAGCGCAAGAAGCUGCAGGAGGCCCGAGAGAGAAAGCGCCUGGAGAACAAGCAGCGGGAGGACGUCUGGGAAGGCCGGGACUGA